AUGCAUGCGGUUGAAAAUUUGGAUCUUGGUUACGACAAACCUCUUUGUUCCGCCUUUGUCGAGAGAUACUACGGGGAAACAGAUACUUUGCAUCUUUCAUUUGGAGAAAUGACGAUAAUUACAAAUGAUGCAAAGUUCAUUAUCGGGCUAAGCAUAGAUGGUAAAUCCGUGAAGCAUGAAGGCUACGCGCAAGAGCUUGAAUGGGACAAGAUUUACGCGUUCACCAAGAAUGUGUUCCAAUGGGAUGAGGAUAUGACCAAGUCACGUGUGCUAGUAGGCAAAGCAAAGCAUAGGAUAUUCUAUCUCUCGAAGUUGAGGGACCUCUUCAUGGGAACAAAGAAACUUCAUGCAGAGGGAAAAGAGGUGACCAAAGAACGUAUAUUCUCCACAGCCAAUGCUUAUGUCCUCUACAUCCUAGCAUCUGUUAUUUUUCCUGAUGUUUCCGGUGCCCGUGUGAACGCCAACUUUAUUCAGAUGUUGCAGCCAUUUGACAAGAUUCACGAAUACUCUUGGGGCACUUUCAUCCUUGCACACUCGUUGAACGAGUUGAGAAAGGCUUAUAGGGUUGAUAGAAACCAAAUCGGAGGGACUACGGGUUUUCUGCAGAAGUGGAUAUAUUUGCACUUCCCAAUAUUUGCUGAAAAGGCUUUUAAGAACAGAGAAUGGGGCGAUAAAUUUUACGGGGACAUGUACAUCUACAACAGUAAUGAAAAGUCCCAAGAUGAGGUUUAUCUGAAGUUGAGACGCCAGUUGGACAACUUAACGACAAAAGAUGUUGUCUUUGACCCUUACAAAAAUGAUUUGGCCAAAGGAAAAGGAAAGAUGGUUGGGUGCACCGAGCAAGAUAGUUAUUUUGGGACUUUGUUUCACCCAAAAAUAUAUGUAAUGUACAACCCAACGAGAGUCGCAAGACAAUGCAGAUACGUACAAAAUAUACCAAAGGAGCACAAGGAGUUUACAAUCGAUGAUAAGAAAAAGAGAGUCAUUUGA